CACCGCUAAGCAUCGACCGCAGGCAUGCGAUCACUUCACACUCUGCAACGAGACGUUAUAACUCGUGCACACUCCGUAAUCUCCCCGGAUACUCUCCUGCGCGUGCACCGAUCGAGCCCCACCCCUCUUUUCCUCAUUGGGCUUUUCGCUUUAUUUUGAGGCAGGAAGACGCGAUGGCGUACCCAGGAGACGGCUACAAGAUGUCGAACUACGGCCACAAGACCUACACGGCCGAGCAGACGAAAGAACAAUGGCGGGAGAGCUGCACGCGAGAGCGCAGGAUCUGCGAGGGACACAGAACCACGAGGCCGGCGAGAAGAGAGAGCGGGGAACUCGACACGGGCCCAUCCCAGAUCGCCAACUACUUCAGCACUCGCAAGACGCACGCAAAAGUCUGGAGCUACGACCGAACUUUCAACAUGGAGGAGGGUUACAGCCAGAAACUAAAGAGAGACGAUCUCCAACACACUCAGGGACUGGAUGUGGUGGGGGAAGAGAGUGAGAGAGAUGUGCCAUUGUUGGCCAACUCAGUCUACGGACACAGACCUCCUCUGGAGACUCCCGACCGACUCCAUGUGAGAAUUGGUCUGGUGAAGAGAGAGUUCUACCGCACAACUGGCAUCAACAUUGGACAGAACUAACCCAAACUGAUCACACUUCUCUCUCUUUCUCGGUAUUAUGACUAGAAAUUUAGUGCAUACGCAUUGUUCCAAGUUGCUAUUGUAUAAGUAAGGGCCUCAUUAAUGUAUUACAGGAAACCCAUAAAUGCUGUCCCAAAUACUAUAAUUGCUAUUAUACCGUACAUUCAACAUUAAUGGUGAGCCUGAAAGAUCGAUCGGGGGAACCCA